AUGACUAUUAGUAAAAUACCCAUAUGGCUUGACUGUGAUCCUGGCCAUGACGAUGCUAUAGCUCUUUUACUGGGCUGUUUUCAUCCAGCUUUCAAUCUUCUAGGGGUCAGCACAUGUUUCGGUAAUGCACCACCCGAAAAUACUGACUAUAAUGCUCGCUCUCUUCUUACUGCAAUGGGCAAAGCUCAGGCAAUCCCGGUUUAUAAAGGUGCUCAGAGACCUUGGAAAAUAGAGCCUCACUACGCACCUGACAUCCAUGGCAUAUCAGGUUUAGAUGGCACUUCACUAUUACCUAAGCCAACAUUCGAAGCAAGAACGGAUAAGACAUAUAUUGAAGCCAUUGAAGAAGCAAUACUGGCCAGUGACGGUGAGAUAUCCUUUGUUUCCACCGGGGCUCUCACUACAUUAGCUACGCUUCUAAAGUAUAAACCACACUUGAAAAAAUCUAUUAAAUACAUCAGUAUUAUGGGGGGUGGACUUUAUGGCCUAGGAAACUGUAAUCCAAACCUUUCCGCUGAAUUCAACGUCUGGAUUGAUCCUCACGCAGCGAAUGCCAUAUUCUGUGAUCCCGAAGUAAAAGACAAAUGCAUAGUUGCACCUCUGAAUUUAACCCACAAGGCUAUAGCUACUUAUAAAGUCAACGAAGCAAUUUACAAUGAAGACAAUAACUCCAACUUCCGAAAAUUGUUUUUCGAGCUCUUUCAAUUUUUUGCUCAUACUUAUAAGGAUGUACAAGGCUUUGAUUCAGGCCCGCCUGUGCAUGAUCCGGUGGCUUUGAUACCACUUCUGGAGUUUUAUGGGUGGGACUUGCCAUCUGUAAUUGGGUUUGAUUACAGCAGGAUGGAUAUAUCCUGCAUUGAUGAUGUUUUUAAUGAAAACCUGGGGGAAAUUAUCAUUGAAAAAGAGUAUCCAAGCCACGGCAAUGUUGGCUCAAUCGUCGGUCUAGAUUUGAAUGUCCAAUAUUUUUGGGACCAAGUUUUUACAGCUUUAAACAGGGCAAAUAAAUUGUCAACGAUUGAAUAG